AAUGUAAUAGGAAAAGAUUAAGUUGCAAAAUAUAACAGUACAGUAGAUAGCGUUGAAGCUUCAAUGUUUACCGGUUUCCGGAAUUCAUAGGCACGACGGGCGGACUUGUGUAAAAUAUAGACCACACGCAGGCGCACUUUGGAACCAACGAACACUUUCAGUUAAAAAAUGAAUUUAGCCCAGAUCUGAUUUAGCCUCUUCGAAUAAUGAGCAUGUAUGUCGUACUGACCGUAAUGAUUAUUGCUACAGGUUCUUCAGCGCUUCAACUAGCUUCGUAUUUCAAUGAUCACAUGGUUCUACAAAUGGCGCCAAUGCAGGCCACAAUAUGGGGCUACGCAGAGGAAUUGGCUCUGAUUCGGGUUACACUGGAUGAGAAAAACUAUUCAGUUUCUUCUAGUUUUUACCGCACAUGGAGCGUUGUUUUUGACCCAGUGCCGGCUGGAGGGCCAUACACAAUAUCUAUAGAAUCCAUCGGUGAAUCGGGGAACGUUGGCCCGCCGAAAGCUCAACUCAGUGACGUUCUGUUUGGUGAUGUCUGGAUUUGCAGUGGUCAAAGUAACAUGGAACUAACUGUACCGUUGGUGAUAAAUGCCACAGAGGAGCUGGCUCGAUCUUACGAGUAUCCUGAAAUUCGUAUUUUUUCGGUGAAAAAAGAUGUAUCAAAUGUUCCUUUAGAUGAUAUAAAGUCUGCCUACGUGAACUGGUCGCUUCCCAAUCCAGACACGCUUGGCCAAGGUAAACCGGGAAGGGGAUACUGGUACUUUUCAGCUGUGUGUUGGUUUUAUGGUAGAGAUCUUUAUAAUCACUUCGGAUAUCCAAUCGGCCUUAUAUCUUCGAACUGGGGUGGCACACCAGUAGAAGCAUGGUCCUCCCAAGAUGCUAUAGAUGCAUGCCAGUACUUAAGCAGAGAAAAGCGUGCCUUCCGGGACGACACUAUAUUGUGGAAUAGCAUGAUUCAUCCUUUUAGUCGAAUGGUAAUCAAGGGGGCAAUAUGGUACCAAGGUGAAAGGAACACUAAUGCCCCAGACACCUACAACUGUACAUUCCCUGCUAUGAUAGACGACUGGAGAAACAAAUGGUACGAAGGAACCGGUGGACUAACCAACAAGAAAUUUCCAUUUGGUUUUGUGCAGCUCUGCACAUCAGAUGCGGUCCAACCAGGACUAAUUGGUAACUACCCAAUUUUGAGGUGGCACCAGACUGCUGACUUCGGAUACGCACCAAAUCCAAGAAUGGAGAAUGUAUUUAUGGCGGUAUCUGUUGAUCUUCCCGACCCAACAUCUCCAUUAAGACCUAUCCAUCCUCGAUACAAACAAGACGUCUCUAGGCGUCUUGCCUUGGCAUCCAGAGCUGUGGCCUACGCCGAAAAGGACUUAGUUUUUGCUGGACCAUUCCCGACCAAUAUAACAAUUACCAGUACUUCGUUUACAAUUGAAUUCGACCACGGAAAUGCAAAUAUUAAAGUUGUCAAUGACAAAGGAUUUGAGAUCUGUUGCGUAAAUUCAUUGUCGAGUUGUGCCGAGAAUGAUCAACAGUGGAUUUCGGUGACUGUAAACGAGUUGGUAGCGCCAUCUAUAGUCCGGUUUUCACAUCCGUGUGAAUCAAUGAUCACUCAAGUUCGAUACCUUUGGAGGGAGUAUCCAUGUACUUUUAAAAGAUGCGCAUUAUACAGCGUUGAGAAUAACCUUCCAACGCCACCAUUUAUUUAUGAUAUAAUAUAUGACCUACCUUCUAGACUUAGUACCUCCAGUGCCCGUAUGAUCGCUUCCGUCAGCGACCUUAUUGUAAUUAGUACGAUACUUUGCAUAUUUAGUAAUAAUACAUAGGCAGGAUGGUAGGUUCAAGUUUAUAAGAUCAGUAAUUAUCAUUGAUUGGCACAUAUCCCUCGGUCAUUGGGAUAAGAAGUACGGUGUAGUAAAACACGUAAACAAUGAUAUUGGCAUCAGUAUUGAUCAGAUAUAAGUAAAAUCGUCAGCCUUCCAAUGAUUCCCUUUUUGUUCUUGAUUUGUCCUAUUAUUUAACGCCAUCGGAAUAGCAGUGGAUUACCCGCUGGUACUUGGAGAUAUAAAGGAAGAUCAAAUGUAUUUUACAUAAUUUAUACUAGAGUAAGUUUUGUUAUCUUUAUUGUAACUGUAAAUAAUUUGUAUCUGAUGGUUUUUGUUUCCAUUCUGUAAUUGAUUUUUGUUUUGAUAAAUUACAUUAAAUAGAUUAGAAUCGAAUAGAAAUUCUUUUUAGUAAUUUUUUGAAUAAAAGUGUAAGUAACACGCAACUUGGCCUUGGCCGAAGUGUUAUAUUAAUGAUGAUGAAUAAAAUGAUGCGGUAUCAUUAUAUUAAUCUUAAAUCAACAAUUUUUUCGGAUUCACAAAAUCUUUCUGUGAACAAACAGGCCUAGGCCUAUAUAUUUUAUAUUAAUUUUGGAUUUCUUGUAUCAACGAUUUUCCUUUUAAAAAUAAAAUUUAAUGGAAAAUAAAAGACGAAGUUUUUAUUGAA